AUCAGGCUGGCUGGGUCUGGAUCGACUCGGUGCUCUGGAAGAGUUGAAGUCAAACAUAAUGGAGUCUGGGGAACAGUCUGUGAUGAUGACUGGGAUCUAAACGAUGCCAAAGUGGUCUGUAGACAGUUGUCCUGUGGGACAGCUCGUCUAGCUCCUGGAUCAGCUUAUUUUGGUCAAGGAUCAGGUGAAAUCUGGUUGGAUGAUGUGGCAUGUUCAGGCAGUGAAAUCUCAUUGAUUAAUUGUAGUCAUAGAGGCUAUGAGACACAUAACUGUAAUCACGGUGAAGAUGCUGGAGUCAUUUGUUCAGGUAAGUAGCGCUCCUUCAUUAUUCUAAGUUUUAUAAAAAUCCAUUGCUGUUCCUAAUCAUGUUACUGUGGAGGACUGAGAAUCAGAGAUGCAAUCAUCUUUAGCAGAAUGUCAGCCUUAUUGACAGAAAUUCUUAGUGAUUAUGUCUACAGUUGAGUUUAUCCUAACUUUAAGAGAAUGAAGAUAGAAGACUGAAAGAUAAUUAUAUGAAAACAGCUGCUAAAAGUAUUCUUUAUUUCGUGUCAAAAUAAUCUACAUCAGCAAAUACUUUUCUUUACCCAAACGUUCUACAGAAAGUCUCCUGAACCCCAACAUCUCCAUGGAUCCUGCUGGAGAGGUCUCCUGGGGUCGUGAAGUCAGAAUCACCUGUUCCACUGCAGCUGAACUUUUGGAGAAAACAUUUAUUCUCCACAGUAGCUCAAGUCCGAUUAGACAGAUUCAAAAUUCUUCUAGCCCCACUGCAACCUUCACCAUCUCCAAAGUGAACUUUGAUCAUGACGGAUCGUACUGGUGUCAGUAUGAGAAAACAGCUUCUGGUCAAACAUUCACUUCAUCCCAAAGUUACCCACUUAGUUUGAGAGUUACAGUGUCACUGCAGAUGCCCAAUAUCUCACUGACAUCUCCGGGUGCGGAGUCGGUCUGGGGUCCUGGCGAAGCGGACAUCACCAGGGGUUACAACUUUACCUUCACCUGCUCCAUUACACCUGAAUCUCCUCAGGGUCGAUUCUUUCUCAUCUUUUCCGGUGACACCAAGAGAAGAAACAGCUCAGCAGUCAACAAUUCAGCAACCUUUACUUUUCCGGCGGCACAGUUUGAACACCAGGGUAACUACAGCUGUGUGUACGUGGUCACCACUUCUUCACACAUGUUUACUUCUCCUGAGUCAGCACUCAUCACUGUUGCUGUUAAACACUCCCUGCUGCUGCUGAGCUUGUUGGUAUCGGGCGGAAUUUUUCUUCUGCUGCUGUUCAUCUCGGUCCCGGUCUGUCUGGUCCAAAGGAGAAGAAAACUCAGACAUCCAACGGUCUUCUUCCAAACUCAAACAACCUCCACAGAGAGAGAUGAAGACAAUGCAGAAUUUGAUGAAGAUUUUUAUGGGCAAUCCAUUCCAUCAAAUAUCUCAAAUCAAUCAGAAGAUGAAGACAGAGAUGAUUAUGAGAACCCAGUAUUUGAUGUGAAUAUUCACUAUCCGGAAACUGGUUCACGAUCUCAUGGAAAGUGCAUAAGUGCUAAAAGUGAAAGUCGAGAGGAGGAAAUGGAUGAAGAGGAUGAAGGAACCAGUGAUGAUGACGAUGACUAUGAGAAUGUAACUGAACAUUUCCAUCAACCUGUUGAAAAUGAUUAUGGAGGUCCAGUCUUUGAAAAGGGUAUAAAUCAUGGAAAACCUGGUUCACGACCUGGUACAAAAUGUGUGAGUGUUAAAAGUGAAAAUCCUAAGAAGAAAGCAAAUUAUAAAUAUGGCAAACCCAGUGAGGAGGAUUAUCAAAGUUUUGGUGGAGAACAAUUUGAAGAAGAGGAAAAUAUAUAUCAGAACCUUUAACUUUUAGGCAGUCGACCUCUGGUUUAAUAUUGUAUAUCUCAAAAUGAAGUCUGGAAAAAUAUUGGGAUCAGAAUAAUGGUGAGAUAAUGACAAACUACAAACACCUUUUAAGGACUUCUCACCAAACUUAAAUUGAUUGUUCGUUUGCUUAACAUAGGGAUGGUGAACUUAAGGGCCAAAUUCCUGCAUGUUUUCCAGCAUAUUUUGCUCUGGCAUUUUUUGAUUGGCUGGGCACCCUUGAAACAGGGAAUCAGUCAAGAGUAGGGCUUGGACAUCUCGAAAUCACGCAGACACACCUUCCCUCGAAGGCCUGCAGUGGCUCAUCUCUGGGUUAAGGCUUUCUAUAUUUGCUGAUUUUUUUUUUGUGUGUGUGCUUUUAUGCUGUACAGAGAAAGGACAGAUCUCAUGAGAUCAGAGUUCCACCAUUGUGUAAAAACAGCAGACCAAACUCAUACUUCUGACUAAGAAGGAAAUGAAGAAGUUGAGAUUCUACUGAAAUAUCACGGCAGUGGUGACCCAAAUCUACCUCCAGAUAAAGAAAAACAAUACAGAUGUUCUUUAAGUAGUCUUAGCUGCAGCAAUACUAUGCAAUUCUUUGAUAGCUUUUUUGCAAAUGUGAUGAAACCGCAUGAAGCCAACAAUAAAGGA